AUGACGAACGACGUUAAUGUGAUCGGUGGCGAUAUCCACCAUUAUGACGACCAUAGUGACGAUAAUAACUGCGAUGGUGGCUUCGAUAACCAUGACGUCUUCCGUAAUGACGGUAGUGACGGCGGUUGUAAUGGUGACGACGAAUGUGGUGAUAACGUUUAUGAUACUUGGGAUAUUUGCGGUGAUAGCCAUGAUGACGACGAAUGUGGUGAUAACGUUUAUGAUACUUGGGAUAUUUGCGGUGAUAGCCAUGAUGACGACGAAUGUGGUGAUAACGUUUAUGAUACUUGGGAUAUUUGCGGUGAUAGCCAUGAUGACGACGAAUGUGGUGAUAACGUUUAUGAUACUUGGGAUAUUUGCGGUGAUAGCCAUGAUGACGACGAAUGUGGUGAUAACGUUUAUGAUACUUGGGAUAUUUGCGGUGAUAGCCAUGAUGACGACGAAUGUGGUGAUAACGUUUAUGAUACUUGGGAUAUUUGGGGUAAUAACCAUGAUGACGACGAAUGUGGUGAUAACGUUUAUGAUACUUGGGAUAUUUGCGGUGAUAGCCAUGAUGACGACGAAUGUGGUGAUAACGUUUAUGAUACUUGUGAUAUUUGCGGUGAUAGCCAUGAUGACGACGAAUGUGGUGAUAACGUUUAUGAUACUUGUGAUGUUUGGGGUAAUAGCCAUGAUGACGACGAAUGUGGUGAUAACGUUUAUGAUACUUGUGGUGUUUGUCAUCAUCAUAAAUGCGUCCACGAAGUAGUUCACUCAUCGCAUUCACAUUUGUAG